AUGUCUUCAUCAAUAUCAUUUCCAUUAUCUAAUAAAAUAAAAUCAACUGAAGAAUUGAAUGUAAUCGAUGAAAGAAAUGAAGAAUCAACGAAAAAACAUUUUAAUAUAAAUGACGUUUUAAAAUUAAAUUGGAAAAAAUUUCAAGAUGAAAUACGAGAUUUAUUUACAUUUCAUCCAAAAGAAUGGAUUAAUGCAUUUCGUCGAAAUCGACAAUAUCCAUUAUUUGUUCUUGGUGAUAUUGAUGGUUUUGUUGGUUUAUUUAUGAAUAAUUUAGCAACAUUAUUAGCUGUUAUUCUUGGUCUUAAACUUGUAUUUGAAUCAGAUAUUAUCUUUGGAAAAAUUAUUCCGGGAGUCGCAAUAUCGAUGUUAUGGGGAAAUUUUUAUUAUGUGUAUAUGGCACGUAAAUUAGCCUAUAAAGAAAAUCGUAGUGAUGUAUGCACUAUGCCCUAUGGAAUAAAUACACCUGGAGCAUUUGUUUUUAUAUAUAGUAUAAUAAUGCCAACUUAUUUUAGUUGUUUAAAUAAAAAUGAUGGACGUGAUAGACGUUCAUGUGAAGAAUUAGCAUGGUAUGUGGCAGUUGCAAGUAAUUUUGUAACGGCAAUUAUUCUUUUGGUUUUAUGUAUUUUUGGAGAAUUUAUUCGAAAAAAUACACCUGCUGUUGCAUUACUUUCAUCAAUAUCUGGUAUUGGUUUUACGUAUUUAGCAUUGAAUGAAUACUUACCUGUAGCUGCAACUCCUAUUGUUGCUUUUCUUCCAUUUACUAUUGUUAUGCUUGGUUAUUUUGGUGCUAUUAAAUUUGGAUCAAUUCCAGUUGCUUUUAUUGCUCUUGUUGUGGGUACUAUACUUGCUUGGGCAACAUCAUUAAAUCAUGGUUCAGAUGUGCGUAAUGCUGCAUUAAUUGUUAAACCAUAUCCACUUGUAUUUCCUAUAAAAGAAAUAUUUUCAAAUCUAAAUGAAAUAACUCCAUAUUUAUCUACAACAAUUCCAACUGCUAUAUCAAUAGCGAUUGGUACAAUACAAUGUGUUGAAUGUGCAAGACGAGCUGGAGAUUUUUAUCCAACAAGAGAAGCUAUGUUUGCUGAUGGUAUUGGAACAUUAAUUGCUAGUCUAUUUGGAUCUAUUCUUGGAAUGACAACAUUUAUUGGUCAUCCUGCUUUCAAAAAGAUGGGUGCUAAACAAGGUUAUUCUCUAGCUAAUGGUCUUGCAUUUUUACCUUUAUGUUUUUUUGGUAUAAAUGCUCUUCUUGUGUCAAUCAUUGCUAUUGUUUCUGUCAAUCCGAUUAUUAUAUUUAUUGGUCUUGUUAUUUGUGCUGAUACACUUUCAAUAACACCUCGACGUCAUUAUCCAGCAUUUCUAUUUGGUUUAAUGCCAAUUAUUGCUGAUUGGACACAAGGUACAAUAAUAAGUGGUGUUAAUGAUGCUUAUAAAAAUUUUAUACAAAAUCAUACUGAUUUUAAUCAAAACAUUAGUUCACAUAUAACAGGUUUUUCAUAUCAUGGUCUUUUAAAUUUUUCUGGUGGUAGUCUUCUUCAAUGUAUAUUUUUAACAGCUAUAUUUAUGUAUAUAAUUGAUCGAAAAUUUCUUCGAGCGAUGUUCUGGUCAUUAUUAGCAGCAAUAUUCGCUUUAUUUGGUUUAAUUAAUGCAUCCAGUGUUGGAUUUUUAAUACAUAAAAAUGAUGAUGGAUGGAAAUUUAGUGUAGGUUAUGGUAUGAUGGCUAUUUUAUUUGUUUGUUUUGAAUUUGCACAACGACGACAAUGGAUAAAACAACCGGAAACAGAACCAGAUGAAAUAUCAUUAGAUGAACAAUCAAACGAGGAGGAUACAAAUGAAACUCAUGUUUGA